ACAGGGGGUUACAAGGGGUUACAUGGGGUUACAAGGGGUUACAAGGGGUUACAGGGGGGUACAAGGGGUUACAAGGGGUUACAAGGGGUUAGAGGGGGUUACAAGGGGCUACAAGGGGUGACAGGGGGUGACAAGGGGUUACAGGGGGUUACAAAAGAUUAUAGAAACUUUUUUCUCGAACUAGAACGUUCCCAGAUACUUUUUCUUGGUCUAUUUUGCAUAAAAAUCAAAGUUGAAGAAAUCUCUAAUUUUUGGAAAAAUUCUAAUUUUGCGUUUUUCGUAAACAGUUGUUUUUAUAGUCUUUAAAGGCUUCUUUUUUAUCUAGAACGUCAGCAAACACUUUUUCUCGAUCUAUUUUUGAUAAAUACAAAAGAUGAAAAAACUUCAACUUUUUGACCAAAAUCAUGGACUAUCCCCUUUGCAAAAAUGCCAAUUUUGCCUUCUUUUUAAAUCCAUGUUUAUAUUGUCUAGAAAGGCUUGUUUUCUAACGAGAACGUCACCAAAUACUUUUUCUGGGUGUAUUUUGCAUAAAACGAAACGUUCACAAAAUUUCAAAUUUUUGACCAAAACCAUGGACUAACCCCUUUGCAAAAAUGCCAAUUUUGUGGGUUUUUGAAAGCGAUGUUUUUUUGUUCAGAAAGGCUUGUUUGCUAUAUAAAACGUCGAAAACCGUUUUUUUCACGAUUUAUUUUCACGAUCUAUGACAUGGGAAUACAGGGGUUACAAGGGGUUACAGGGGUUCAAGGGGUUACAAGGGGUUACAGGGGUUACAGGGGUUACAAGGGGUUACAAGGGGUUACAGGGGGUUACAAGGGAUGACAGGGGGUGACAGGGGGUUACAGGGGGUUAUAAAGGAUUAUAGAAACUUUUUUCUAACUAGAACGUUCCCAGAUACUUUUUCUUUGUGUAUUUUGCAUAAAAAUCAAAGUUGAAGAAUUCUCAAAUUUUUGUCCAAAACGACGGACUAACCCCUUUGGAAAAAUUCUAAUUUUGCGUUUUUCGUAAACAGCUGUGUUUAUAGGCGUUAAAGGCUUCUUUUUUAUCUAAAACGUCAGCAAACACUUUUUCUCGAUCUAUUUUUGAUAAACACAAAAGGUGAAAAAACUUCUUCCCUUUGCAAAAAUGCCAAUUUUGCCUUCUUUUUGAAUAUAUGUUUAUAUUGUCUAGAAAGGCUUGUUUUCUAACGAGGACGUCACCAAAUACUUUUUCUGGGUGUAUUUUGCAUAAAACGAAACGUCAACAAAAUUUUUGACCAAAACCAAGGACUAACACCUUUGGAAAAAUGCCAAUUUUGUGGGUUUUUGAAACCGACGUUUUUGUUGUUCUGAAAGGCUUGUUUGCUAUAGAAAAAGUCGAAUAUCGUUUAUUCACAAUUUAUUUUCACGAUCUAUGACAUGGGAGUACAGGAGUUACAAGGGGUUACAGGGGUUAAGGGGUUACAAGGGGUUACAAGGGGUUACAAGGGGUUAAGGGGUGACAAAGGGGGGGGUUGACAAGGGGUUACAAAAAGAUUAUAGAAGGGGUUUUUUUUCGAACUAGAACGUUUAUAGAUAUUUUUUAGUCUAUUUUGCUAAAAACGUUGAAGAAACUUUUUCUUGGUCUAUUUUGCAUAAAAAUCAAAGUUGAAAAACUAAUCAAAACGAUGGACUAACCCCUUUGGAAAAAUUCUAAUUUUGCGUUUUUCGUAAACAGUUGUUUUUAUAGUCUUUAAAGGCUUCUUUUUUUAUCUAGAACGUCAGCAAACGCUUUUUUCUCGAUCUAUUUUUGAUAAAUACAAAAGAUGAAAAAACUUCAACUUUUUGACCAAAAUCAUGGACUAUCCCCUUUGCAAAAAUGCCAAUUUUGCCUUCUUUUUAAAUCCAUGUUUAUAUUGUCUAGAAAGGCUUGUUUUCUAACGAGAACGUCACCAAAUACUUUUUCUGGGUGAAUUUUGCAUAAAACGAAACGUUCACAAAAUUUCAAAUUUUUGACCAAAACCAUGGACUAAUUUUUUUUGCAAAAAUACCAAUUUUGUGGGUUUUUGAAAGCGAUGUUUUUUUUGUUCAGAAAGGCUUGUUUGCUAUAUAAAACGUCGAAAACCAUUUUUUCACGAUUUAUUUUCACGAUCUAUGACAUGGGAAUACAGGGGGUUACAAGGGGUUACAGGGGGUUACAAGGGGUUACAAGGGGUUACAAGGGGUUAUAGGGGGUUACAGGGGGUUGCAAGGGGUUACAAGGGGUUACAGAGGGUUACAAGGGGUUACAAGGGGUGAUUGGGGGUGACAAGGGGUUACAAAAGAUUGUAGAAACUUUUUUUUCGAACUAGAACGUUCCCAGAUACUUUUUCUUGGUCUAUUUUGCAUAAAAAUCAAAGUUGAAGAAAUCUCUAAUUUUUGAUCAAAACGAUGGACUAACCCCUUUGGAAAAAUUCUAAUUUUGCGUUUUUCGUAAACAGUUGUUUUUAUAGUCUUUAAAGGCUUCUUUUUUUAUCUAGAACGUCAGCAAACACUUUUUCUCGAUCUAUUUUUGAUAAAUACAAAAGAUGAAAAAACUUCAACUUUUUGACCAAAAUCAUGGACUAUCCCCUUUGCAAAAAUGCCAAUUUUGCCUUCUUUUUAAAUCCAUGUUUAUAUUGUCUAGAAAGGCUUGUUUUCUAACGAGAACGUCACCAAAUACUUUUUCUGGGUGUAUUUUGCAUAAAACGAAACGUUCACAAAAUUUCAAAUUUUGACCAAAACCAUGGACUAACCCUUUGCAAAAAUGCCAAUUUUGUGGGUUUUUUGAAAGCGAUGUUUUUUUUUUGUUCAGAAAGGCUUGUUUGCUAUAUAAAACGUCGAAAACCGUUUUUUCACGAUUUAUUUUCACGAUCUAUGACAUGGGAAUACAGGGGGUUACAGGGGUUACAAGGGGUUACAAGGGGUUACAGGGGGUUACAAAGGGGGUUACAAGGGGUUACAAGGGGUUACAGGGGUUACAAGGGGGUUAAGGGGUGACAGGGGUGACAGGGGGUGACAAGGGGUUACAAAAGAUUAUAGAAACUUUUUUUUCGAACUAGAACGUUCCCAGAUACUUUUUCUUGGUCUAUUUUGCAUAAAAAUCAAAGUUGAAGAAAUCUCUAAUUUUUGAUCAAAACGAUGGACUAACCCCUUUGGAAAAAUUCUAAUUUUGCGUUUUUCGUAAACAGUUGUUUUUAUAGUCUUUAAAGGCUUCUUUUUUAUCUAGAACGUCAGCAAACGCUUUUUCUCGAUCUAUUUUUGAUAAAUACAAAAGAUGAAAAAACUUCAACUUUUUGACCAAAAUCAUGGACUAUCCCCUUUGCAAAAAUGCCAAUUUUGCCUUCUUUUUAAAUCCAUGUUUAUAUUGUCUAGAAAGGCUUGUUUUCUAACGAGAACGUCACCAAAUACUUUUUCUGGGUGUAUUUUGCAUAAAACGAAACGUUCACAAAAUUUCAAAUUUUUGACCAAAACCAUGGACUAACCCCUUUGCAAAAAUGCCAAUUUUGUGGGUUUUUGAAAGCGAUGUUUUUUUUGUUCAGAAAGGCUUGUUUGCUAUAUAAAACGUCGAAAACCGUUUUUUCACGAUUUAUUUUCACGAUCUAUGACAUGGGAAUACAGGGGGUUACAAGGGGUUACAGGGGGUUACAAGGGGUUACAAGGGGUUACAGGGGGUUACAAGGGGUUACAAGGGGUUACAAGGGGUUACAAGGGGUUACAAGGGGUGACAGGGGGUGACAAGGGGUUACAGGGGGUUACAAAAGAUUAUAGAAACUUUUUUUUUCAACUAGAACGUUCCCAGGUACUUUUUCUUGGUCUAUUUUGCAUAAAAAUCAAAGUUGAAGAAAUCUCUAAUUUUUGAUCAAAACGAUGGACUAACCCCUUUGGAAAAAUUCUAAUUUUGCGUUUUUCGUAAACAGUUGUUUUUAUAGUCUUUAAAGGCUUUUUUUUAUCUAGAACGUCAGCAAACACUUUUUCGAUCUAUUUUUGAUAAAUACAAAAGAUGAAAAAACUUCAACUUUUUGACCAAAAUCAUGGACUAUCCCCUUUGCAAAAAUGCCAAUUUUGCCUUCUUUUUAAAUCCAUGUUUAUAUUGUGUAGAAAGGCUUGUUUUCUAACGAGAACGUCACCAAAUACUUUUUCUGGGUGUAUUUUGCAUAAAAGGAAACGUUCACAAAAUUUCAAAUUUUUGACCAAAACCAUGGACUAACCCCUUUGCAAAAAUGCCAAUUUUGUGGGUUUUUGAAAGCGAUGUUUUUUUUGUUCAGAAAGGCUUGUUUGCUAUAUAAAACGUCGAAAACCGUUUUUUCACGAUUUAUUUUCACGAUCUAUGACAUGGGAAUACAGGGGGUUACAAGGGGUUACAGGGGUUACAGGGGUUACAAGGGGUUACAGGGGUUACAAAGGGGUUACAAGGGGUUACAAGGGGUUACAGGGGGUUACAAGGGGUUACAAGGGGUUACAGGGGGUUACAAGGGGUUACAAGGGGUGACAGGGGGUGACAAGGGGUUACAGGGGGUUACAAAAGAUUAUAGAAACUUUUUUUUCGAACUAGAACGUUCCCAGAUACUUUUUCUUGGUCUAUUUUGCAUAAAAAUCAAAGUUGAAGAAAUCUCUAAUUUUUGAUCAAAACGAUGGACUAACCCCUUUGGAAAAAUUCUAAUUUUGCGUUUUUCGUAAACAGUUGUUUUUAUAGUCUUUAAAGGCUUCUUUUUUUUAUCUAGAACGUCAGCAAACACUUUUUCUCGAUCUAUUUUUGAUAAAUACAAAAGAUGAAAAAACUUCAACUUUUUGACCAAAAUCAUGGACUAUCCCCUUUGCAAAAAUGCCAAUUUUGCCUUCUUUUUAAAUCCAUGUUUAUAUUGUCUAGAAAGGCUUGUUUUCUAACGAGAACGUCACCAAAUACUUUUUCUGGGUGUAUUUUGCAUAAAAGGAAACGUUCACAAAAUUUCAAAUUUUUGACCAAAACCAUGGACUAACCCCUUUGCAAAAAUGCCAAUUUUGUGGGUUUUUGAAAGCGAUGUUUUUUUUGUUCAGAAAGGCUUGUUUGCUAUAUAAAACGUCGAAAACCGUUUUGUUACGAUUUAUUUUCACGAUCUAUGACAUGGGAAUACAGGGGUUACAAAGGGGUUACAGGGGUUACAAGGGGUUACAAGGGGUUACAGGGGUUACAAGGGGUUACAAAGGGGUUACAAAAGGGGUUACAAGGGGUUACAAGGGGUGACAGGGGGGGUGACAGGGGUUACAAGGGGUUACAAAAGAUUAUAGAAACUUUUUUUUUCUAACUAGAACGUUCCCAGAUACUUUUUCUUGGUCUAUUUUGCAUAAAAAUCAAAGUUGAAGAAAUCUCUAAUUUUUGAUCAAAACGAUGGACUAACCCCUUUGGAAAAAUUCUAAUUUUGCGUUUUUCGUAAACAGUUGUUUUUAUAGUCUUUAAAGGCUUCUUUUUUAUCUAGAACGUCAGCAAACACUUUUUCUCGAUCUAUUUUUGAUAAAUACAAAAGAUGAAAAAACUUCAACUUUUUGACCAAAAUCAUGGACUAUCCCCUUUGCAAAAAUGCCAAUUUUGCCUUCUUUUUAAAUCCAUGUUUAUAUUGUCUAGAAAGGCUUGUUUUCUAACGAGAACGUCAUCAAAUACUUUUUCUGGGUGUAUUUUGCAUAAAAGGAAACGUUCACAAAAUUUCAAAUUUUUGACCAAAACCAUGGACUAACCCCUUUGCAAAAAUGCCAAUUUUGUGGGUUUUUGAAAGCGAUGUUUUUUUUGUUCAGAAAGGCUUGUUUGCUAUAUAAAACGUCGAAAACCGUUUUGUUACGAUUUAUUUUCACGAUCUAUGACAUGGGAAUACAGGGGGUUACAAGGGGUUACAGGGGGUUACAAGGGGUUACAAGGGGUUACAAGGGGUUACAAGGGGUUACAAGGGGUUACAAGGAGUUACAAGGGGUGACAGGGGGUGACAAGAGGUUACAAGGGGUGACAGGAAGUGACAAGGGGUUACAAAAGAUUAUAGAAACUUUUUUUUCGAUCUAGAACGUUCCCAGAUACUUUUUCUUGGUCUAUUUUGCAUAAAAAUCAAAGUUGAAGAAAUCUCUAAUUUUUGAUCAAAACGAUGGACUAACCCCUUUGGAAAAAUUCUAAUUUUGCGUUUUUCGUAAACAGUUGUUUUUAUAGUCUUUAAGGGCUUCUUUUUUAUCUAGAACGUCAGCAAACGCUUUUUCUCGAUCUAUUUUUGAUAAAUACAAAAGAUGAAAAAACUUCAACUUUUUGACCAAAAUCAUGGACUAUCCCCUUUGCAAAAUGCCAAUUUUGCCUUCUUUUUAAAUCCAUGUUUAUAUUGUCUAGAAAGGCUUGUUUUCUAACGAGAACGUCACCAAAUACUUUUUCUGGGUGUAUUUUGCAUAAAACGAAACGUUCACAAAAUUUCAAAUUUUUGACCAAAACCAUGGACUAACCCCUUUGCAAAAAUGCCAAUUUUGUGGGUUUUUGAAAGCGAUGUUUUUUUUUCAGAAAGGCUUGUUUGCUAUAUAAAACGUCGAAAAUCGUUUUUUCACGAUCUAUUUUCACGAUCUAUGACAUGGGAAACAGGGGUUACAAAAGGGGUUACAAGGGGUUACCAGGGGUUACAAGGGGUUACAAGGGGUUACAAGGGGGGUUACAAGGGGUUACAAAGGGGUUACAGGGGUUACAAAAAAGGGGUGACAGGGGUGACAAGGGGUUACAGGGGUUGCAAAGGAUUAUAGAAACUUUUUUUCUAACUAGAACGUUCCCAGAUACUUUUUCUUGGUCUAUUUUGCAUAAAAAUCAAAGUUGAAGAAAUCUCUAAUUUUUGAUCAAAACGAUGGACUAACGCCUUUGGAAAAAUUCUAAUUUUGUCUUUUUUCGUAAACAGUUGUUUUUAUAGUCUUUAAAGGCUUCUUUUUUUAUCUAGAACGUCAGCAAACACUUUUUUCUCGAACUAUUUUUGAUAAAUACAAAAGAUGAAAAAACUUCAACUUUUUGACCAAAAUCAUGGACUAUCCCUUUGCAAAAAUGCCAAUUUUGCCUUCUUUUUAAAUCCAUGUUUAUAUUGUCUAACAAGGCUUGUUUUCUAACGAGAACGUCACCAAAUACUUUUUCUGGGUGUAUUUUGCAUAAAACGAAACGUUCACAAAAUUUCUAAUUUUUGAUUAAAACAAUGGACUAACCCCGUUGCAAAAAUGCCAAUUUUGUGGGUUUUUGAAACCGAUUUUUUUUUUUGUUCAGAAAGGCUUGUUUGCUAUAUAAAACGUCGAAAAUCGUUUUUUCACGAUCUAUUUUCACGAUCUAUGACAUGGGGAAUACACGGGGUUACAAGGGGUUACAGGGGGGUUACAAGGGGUUACAAGGGGUUACAAGGGGUUGACAGGGGUUACAAGGGGUGACAAGGGGUUACAGGGGGGGGUUGCAAAGGAUUAUAGAAAGGAUUAUUUUUCUAACUAGAACGUUCCCAGAUACUUUUUCUUGGUCUAUUUUGCAUAAAAUCAAAGUUGAAGAAAUCUCUAAUUUUUGAUCAAAACGAUGGACUAACCCCUUUGGAAAAAUUCUAAUUUUGCGUUUUUCGUAAACAGUUGUUUUUAUAGUCUUUAAAGGCUUUUUUUUUUUAUCUAGAACGUCAGCAAACACUCUUUUUCUCGAUCUAUUUUUGAUAAAUACAAAAGAUGAAAAAACUUCAACUUUUUGACCAAAAUCAUGCACUAUCCCCUUUGCAAAAAUGCCAAUUUUGCCUUCUUUUUAAAUCCAUGUUUAUAUUGUCUAGAAAGGAUUGUUUUCUAACGAGAACGUUACCAAAUACUUUUUCUGGGUGUAUUUUGCAUAAAAGGAAGCGUUCAGAAAAUUUCAAAUUUUGGACCAAAACCAUGGACUAACCCCUUUGCAAAAAUGCCAAUUUUGUGGGUUUUUGAAACCGAUGUUUUUUUUUGUUCAGAAAGGCUUGUUUGCUAUAUAAAACGUCGAAAAUGGAUUUUUCACGAUCUAUUUUCACGAUCUAUGACAUGGGAAUACAGGGGGUUACAAGGGGUUACAGGGGGUUACAAGGGGUUACAAGGGGUUACAAGGGGUUACAGGGGGUUACAAGGGGUUACAAGGGGUUACAGGGGGUUACAAGGGGUUACAAGGGGUGACAGGGGGUGACAAGGGGUUACAGGGGGUUACAAAAGAUUAUAGAAACUUUUUUUUCGAACUAGAACGUUCCCAGAUACUUUUUCUUGGUCUAUUUUGCAUAAAAAUCAAAGUUGAAGAAAUCUCUAAUUUUUGAUCAAAACGAUGGACUAACCCCUUUGGAAAAAUUCUAAUUUUGCGUUUUUCGUAAACAGUUGUUUUUAUAGUCUUUAAAGGCUUCUUUUUUAUCUAGAACGUCAGCAAACACUUUUUUCGAUCUAUUUUUGAUAAAUACAAAAGAUGAAAAAACUUCAACUUUUUGACCAAAAUCAUGGACUAUGGACUAUGGAUCAUGGACUUUUGCCUUCUUUUUAAAUCUAUGUUUAUAUUGUCUAGAAAGGCUUGUUUUCUAACCAGAACGUCACCAAAUACUUUUUCUGGGUGUAUUUUGCAUAAAACGAAACGUUCACAAAAUUUCAAAGUUUUGACCAAAACCAUGGACUAACCCCUUUGCAAAAAUGCCAAUUUUGUGGGUUUUUGAAACCGAUGUUUUUGUUGUUCAGAAAGGCUUGUUUGCUAUAUAAAACGUCGAAAACCGUUUUUUCACGAUUUAUUUUCACGAUCUAUGACAUGGGAAUACAGGGGGUUACAAGGGGUUACGGGGGGUUUUAAAGGGGUUACAAGGGGUUACAGGGGUUACAAGGGGUUACAAGGGGUUACUUGGGGUUUACAAAAAGGGGUUACAAGGGGUGACAGGGGUGACAAAGGGGGUUACAGGGGUUACAAAGAUUAUAGAAACUUUUUUUUCGAACUAGAACGUUCCCAGAUACUUUUUCUUGGUCUAUUUUGCAUAAAAAUCAAAGUUGAAGAAAUCUCUAAUUUUUGAUCAAAACGAUGGACUAACCCCUUUGGAAAAAUUCUAAUUUUGCGUUUUUCGUAAACAGUUGUUUUUAUAGUCUUUAAAGGCUUCUUUUUUAUCUAGAACGUCAGCAAACACUUUUUCUCGAUCUAUUUUUGAUAAAUACAAAAGAUGAAAAAACUUCAACUUUUUGACCAAAAUCAUGGACUAUCCCCUUUGCAUAAAUGCCAAUUUUGCCUUCUUUUUAAAUCCAUGCUUAUAUUGUCUAGAAAGGCUUGUUUUCUAACGAGAACGUCACCAAAUACUUUUUCUGGGUGUAUUUUGCAUAAAACGAAACGUUCACAAAAUUUCAAAUUUUUGACCAAAACCAUGGACUAACCCCUUUGCAAAAAUGCCAAUUUUGUGGGUUUUUGAAAGCGAUGUUUUUUUUGUUCAGAAAGGCUUGUUUGCUAUAUAAAACGUCGAAAAUCGUUUUUUCACGAUCUAUUUUCACGAUCUAUGACAUGGGAAUACAGGGGGUUACAAGGGGUUACCGGGGGUUACAAGGGGUUACAAGGGGUUACAGCGGGUUAAAAGGGGUUACGAGGGGUGACAGGGGGUUACAGGGGGUUGCAAAGGAUUAUAGAAACUUUUUUCUAAGUAGAACGUUCCCAGAUACUUUUUCUUGGUCUAUUUUGCAUAAUAAUCAAAGUUGAAGAAAUCUCUAAUUUUUGAUCAAAACGAUGGACUAACGCCUUUGGAAAAAUUCUAAUUUUGUCUUUUUCGUAAACAGUUGUUUUUAUAGUCUUUAAAGGCUUCUUUUUUUAUCUAGAACGUCAGCAAACACUCUUUCUCGAACUAUUUUUGAUAAAUACAAAAGAUGAAAAAACUUCAACUUUUUGACCAAAAUCAUGGACUAUCCCCUUUGCAAAAAUGCCAAUUUUGCCUUAUUUUUAAAUCCAUGUUUAUAUUGUCUAGAAAGGCUUGUUUUCUAACGAGGACGUCACCAAAUACUUUUUCUGGGUGUAAUUUGCAUAAAACGAAACGUUCACAAAAUUUCCAAUUUUUGAAUAAAACCAUGGACUAACCCCUGCAAAAAAAAUGCCAAUUUUUGGGUUUUGAAACCGAUGUUUUUUUUUUUGUUCAGAAAGGCUUGUUUGCUAUAUAAAACGUCGAAAAUCGUUUUUCACGAUCUAUUUUUACGAUCUAUGACAUGGGAAUACAUGGGGUUACAAGGGGUUACCGGGGUUACAAGGGGUUAUAAAGGGGUUACUAUUUUAUCUAUGACAUGGGGUUACAAGGGGUUACAAGGGGUUACAAAAGGGGUUACAGGGGGGUGACAAGGGGUUACAGGGGUUGCAAAGGAUUAUAGAAACUUUUUUCUAACUAGAACGUUCCCAGAUACUUUUUCUUGGUCUAUUUUGCAUAAAAAUCAAAGUUGAAGAAAUCUCUAAUUUUUGAUCAAAACGAUGGACUAACCCCUUUGGAAAAAUUCUAAUUUUGCGUUUUUCGUAAACAGUUGUUUUUAUAGUCUUUAAAGGCUUUUUUUAUCUAGAACGUCAGCAAACACUUUUUCUCGAUCUAUUUUUUGAUAAAUACAAAAGAUGAAAAAACUUCAACUUUUUUGACCAAAAUCAUGGACUAUCCCCUUUGCAAAAAUGCCAAUUUUGCCUUCUUUUUAAAUCCAUGUUUAUAUUGUCUAGAAAGGCUUGUUUUCUAACGAGAACGUCACCAAAUACUUUUUCUGGGUGUAUUUUGCAUAAAAGGAAACGUUCACAAAAUUUCAAAUUUUUGACCAAAACCAUGGACUAACCCCUUUGCAAAAAUGCCAAUUUUGUGGGUUUUUGAAAGCGAUGUUUUUUUUGUUCAGAAAGGCUUGUUUGCUAUAUAAAACGUCGAAAACCGUUUUUUCACGAUUUAUUUUCACGAUCUAUGACAUGGGAAUACAGGGGGUUACAAGGGGUUACAGGGGGUUACAAGGGGUUACAAGGGGUUACAGGGGGUUACAAGGGGUUACAAGGGGUUACAGGGGUUUACAAGGGGUUACAAGGGGUGACAGGGGGUGACAAGGGGUUACAGGGGGUUACAAAAGAUUAUAGAAACUUUUUUUUCGAACUAGAACGUUCCCAGAUACUUUUUCUUGGUCUAUUUUGCAUAAAAAUCAAAGUUGAAGAAAUCUCUAAUUUUUGAUCAAAACGAUGGACUAACCCCUUUGGAAAAAUUCUAAUUUUGCGUUUUUCGUAAACAGUUGUUUUUAUAGUCUUUAAAGGCUUCUUUUUUAUCUAGAACGUCAGCAAACACUCUUUCUCGAUCUAUUUUUGAUAAAUACAAAAGAUAAAAAAAACUUCAACUUUUUGACCAAAAUCACGGACUAUCCCUUUGCAAAAAUGCCAAUUUUGCCGUCUUUUUAAAUCCAUGUUUAUAUUGUCUAGAAAGAAUUGUUUUCUAACGACAACGUCACCAAAUACUUUUUCUGGGUGUAUUUUGCAUAAAACGAAACGUUCAGAAAAUUUCAAAUUUUGGACCAAAACCAUGGACUAACCCCUUUGCAAAAAUGCCAAUUUUGUGGGUUUUUGAAACCGAUGUUUUUUUUGUUCAGAAAGGCUUGUUUGCUAUAUGAAACGUCGAAAAUCGGUUUUCUCACGAUCUAUUUUCACGAUCUAUGACAUGGGAGGGGUUACCGGGAUGUUUUUUUUUACAAAGGGGGGGUUACAAAAGGGGUUACAAGGGGUUACAAGGGGUUACAAGGGGUUACAGGGGGUUACAAAGGGGUUAAAGGGGGUUUACAAGGGGUGACAGGGGUUACAAAGGGGGGGGUUACAGGGGGUUGCAAAGGAUUAUAGAAACUUUUUUCUAACUAGAACGUUCCCAGAUACUUUUUCUUGGUCUAUUUUGCAUACAAAUCAAAAUUGAAGAAAUAUCUAAUUUUUGAUCAAAACGAUGGACUAACCCCUUUGGAAAAAUUCUAAUUUUGCGUUAUACGUGAACAGCUGUUUUUAUAGUCUUUAAAGGCUACUUUUUUUAUCUAGAACGUAAGAAAACACUCUUUCUCGAUCUAUUUUUGAUAAAUACAAAAGAUAAAAAAAACUUCAACUUUUUGACCAAAAUCAUGGACUAUCCCCUUUGCAAAAAUGCCAAUUUUGCCUUCUUUUUAAAUCCAUGUUUAUAUUGUCUAGAAAGGCUUGUUUUCUAACGACAACGUCACCAAAUACUUUUUCUGGGUGUAUUUUGCAUAAAACGAAACGUUCACAAAAUUUCAAAUUUUUGAAUAAAACCAUGGACUAACCCCUUUGCAAAAAUGCCAAUUUUUAGGGUUUUUGAAACCGAUGUUUUUUUUUUUGUUCAGAAAGGCUUGUUUGCUAUAUAAAACGUCGAAAAUCGUUUUUUCACGAUCUAUUUUCACGAUCUAUGACAUGGGAAGGGGUUACGGGGUUACAAGGGGUUACAAGGGGUUACAAGGGGUUACAAGGGGUUACAAGGGGUGACAGGGGUUACAAGGGGUUACAAGGGGUUACAAGGGGUGACAGGGGGUGACAAGGGGUUACAGGGGGUUGCAAAGGAUUAUAGAAACUUUUUUCUAACUAGAACGUUCCCAGAUACUUUUUCUUGGUCUAUUUUGCAUAAAAAUCAAAGUUGAAGAAAUCUCUAAUUUUUGAUCAAAACGAUGGACUAACCCCUUUGGAAAAAUUCUAAUUUUGCGUUUUUCGUAAACAGUUGUUUUGAUAGUCUUUAAAGGCUACUUUUUUUUAUCUAGAACGUAAGGAAGCACUCUUUCUCGAUCUAUUUUUGAUAAAUACAAAAGAUGAAAAAACUUCAACUUUUGACCAAAAUCAUGGACUAUCCCCUUUGCAAAAAUGCCAAUUUUGCCUUAUUUUUAAAUCCAUGUUUAUAUUGUCUAGAAAGGCUUGUUUUCUAACGAGGACGUCACCAAAUACUUUUUCUGGGUGUAAUUUGCAUAAAACGAAACGUUCACAAAAUUUCCAAUUUUUGAAUAAAACCAUGGACUAACCCCUUUGCAAAAAUGCCAAUUUUUAGGGUUUUUGAAACCGAUGUUUUUUUUGUUCAGAAAGGCUUGUUUGCUAUAUAAAACGUCGAAAAUCGUUUUUUCACGAUCUAUUUUUACGAUCUAUGACAUGGGAAUACACGGGGUUACCGAGGGUUACAAGGGGUUACAAGGGGUUACAGGGGGGGUUACUAGAAGGGGGGUUACAGGGGGGGUGACAGGGGUGACAAGGGGUUACAGGGGUUGCAAAGGAUUAUACGUCGAAAAUCGUUUUUUUUUUCUAACUAGAACGUUCCCAGAUACUUUUUCUUGGUCUAUUUUGCAUAAAAAUCAAAGUUGAAGAAAUCUCUAAUUUUUGAUCAAAACGAUGGACUAACCCUUUUGAAAAAAAUUCUAAUUUUGUUUUUCGUAAACAGUUGUUUUUAUAGUCUUUAAAGGCUUCUUUUUUAUCUAGAACGUCAGCAAACACUCUUUCUCGAUCUAUUUUUGAUAAAUACAAAAGAUGAAAAAACUUCAACUUUUGACCAAAAUCAUGGACUAUCCCUUUGCAAAAAUGCCAAUUUUGCCUUCUUUUUAAAUCCAUGUUUAUAUUGUCUAGAAAGGCUUGUUUUCUAACGAGAACGUCACCAAAUACAUUUUCUGGGUGUAUUUUGGAUAAAACGAAACCUUCACAAAAUUUCAAAUUUUUUACCAAAACCAUGGACUAACCCCUUUGCAAAAAUGCCAAUUUUGUGGGUUUUUGAAACCUAUUUUUUUUUUUGCUCAGACAGGCUUGUUUGCUAUAUAAAACGUCUAAAAUCUUUUUUUCACGAUCUAUUUUCACGAUCUAUGACAUGGGAAUACAGGGGUUGACAAGGGGUUACAGAGGGUGACAAGGGGUUAAACGGGGUUACAGGUGAUGAAAAGGAGUGACAAGGGGUUACAGGGGUUUACAAGGAGUUACAAGGGGUGACAGGGGGUGACAAGGGGUUACAGGGGUUACAAAGGAUUAUAGAAACUUUUUUUUCGAACUAGAACGUUCCCAGAUACUUUUUCUUGGUCUAUUUUGCAUAAAAAUCAAAGUUGAAGAAAUUUCUAAUUUUUGAUCAAAACGAUGGACUAACCCCUUUGGAAAAAUUCUAUUUUUUGGGUUUUUCGUAAACAGUUGUUUUUUAGUUUUUAAAGGCUUCUUUUUUUAUCUAGAACGUCGAAAAUCGUUUUUCUCGAUCUAUUUUUGAUAAAUGAAAAGAUGAAAAAACUUCAACUUUUUGACCAAAAUCAUGGACUAUCCCAGGGGCAUAAAUGCCAAUUUUGCCUUCUUUUUAAAUCCAUGUUUAUAUUGUCUAGAAAGGAUUUGUUUUCUAACGAGAACGUUCCCAAAUACUUUUUUCUGGGUGUAUUUUGCAUAAAAACGAAACGUUGAAAAAUUUCAAAUUUUUGACCAAAACCAUGGACUAACCCCUUUCAAAAAAAAAAUGCUAAUUUUGUGGGUUUUUGAAAGCGAUUUUUUUUUUUUGUUCAGAAAUUGUUUCUAUAUAAAACGUCGAAAAUCGUUUUUCACGAUCUAUUUUCACGAUCUAUGACAUGGGAAAACAGGGGUUUCAAGGGGUUACUAUUUUUGAUAAAGGGGUUACAAAGGGGUUAAAAAUUUCAAAGGGGACGAGGGGUGACAAGGGGUUACAGGGGGUUGCAAAGGAUUAUAGAAACUUUUUUCUAACUAGAAUGUUCCCAGAUACUUUUUCUUGGUCUAUUUUGCAUAAAAAUCAAAGUUGAAGAAAUCUCUAAUUUUUGAUCAAAACGAUGGACUAACCCCUUUGGAAAAAUUCUAAUUUUGCUUUUUCGUAAACAGUUGUUUUUAUAGUCUUUAAAGGCUUCUUUUUUUAUCUAGAACGUCAGCAAACACUCUUUCUCGAUCUAUUUUUGAUAAAUACAAAAGAUGAAAAAACUUCAACUUUUAGACCAAAAUCAUGGACUAUCCCCUUUGCAAAAAUGCCAAUUUUGCCUUCUUUUUAAAUCCAUGUUUAUAUUGUCUAGAAAGGAUUGUUUUCUAACGAGAACGUCACCAAAUACUUUUUCUAGGUGUAUUUUGCAUAAAACGAAACGUUCACAAAAUUUCAAAUUUUUGACCAAAACCAUGGACUAACCCCUUUGCAAAAAUGCCAAUUUUGUGGGUUUUUGAAACCGAUGUUUUUUUUGUUCAGAAAGGCUUGUUUGCUAUAUAAAACGUCGAAAAUCGUUUUUUCACGAUCUAUUUUCACGAUCUAUGACAUGGGAAUACACCGGGUUACUGAGGGUUACAAGGGGUUACAAGGGGUUACAAGAGGUUACAGGGGGUUACAAGGGGUGACAGGGGGUGACAAGGGGUUACAGGGGGUUGCAAAGGAUUAUAGAAGCUUUUUUCUAACUAGAACGUUCCCAGAUACUUUUUCUUGGUCUAUUUUGCAUAAAAAUCAAAGUUGAAGAAAUCUCUAAUUUUUGAUCAAAACGGUGGACUAACCCCUUUGGAAAAAUUCUAAUUUUGCGUUUUUCGUAAACAGUUGUUUUUAUAGUCUUUAAAGGCUUCUUUUUUUAUCUAGAACGUCAGCAAACACUCUUUCUCGAUCUAUUUUUGAUAAAUACAAAAGAUGAAAAAACUUCUCGACCAAAAUCAUGGACUAUCCCCUUUGCAAAAAUGCCAAUUUUGCCUUCUUUUUAAAUCCAUGUUUAUAUUGUCUAGAAAGGAUUGUUUUCUAACGAGAACUUCACCAAAUACUUUUUCUGGGUGUAAUUUGCAUAAAACGAAAGGUUCACAAAAUUUCAAAUUUUUGAAUAAAACCAUGGACUAACCCCUUUGCAAAAAUGCCAAUUUUGUGGGUUUUUGAAACCGAUGUUUUUUUUGUUCAGAAAGGCUUGUUUGCUAUAUAAAACGUCGAAAAUCGUUUUUUCACGAUCUAUUUUUACGAUCUAUGACAUGGGAAUACACGGGGUUACCGAGGGUUACAAGGGGUUACAAGGGGUUACAGGGGGUGACAAGGGGUUACAGGGGGUUGCAAAGGAUUAUAGAAGCUUUUUUCUAACUAGAACGUUCCCAGAUACUUUUUCUUGGUCUAUUUUGCAUAAAAAUCAAAGUUGAAGAAAUCUCUAAUUUUUGAUCAAAACGAUGGACUAACCCCUUUGGAAAAAUUCUUAUUUUUCGUUUUUCAUAACAGUUGUUUUUCUUACAGUCUUUAUAAAGGCUUCUUUUUUGUCUAGAACGUCAGCAAACACUUUUUCUCGCUCUAUUUUUGAUAAACACAAAACAUAAAAAAACUUCAGUUUUUUUAGGAAAAUCAUGGACUAUCCUCUUUGCUAAAAUACUAAUUUUGCGUUCUUUUUAAAUCGAUGUUUAUAUUGUCUUAAAGGGCUUGUUUUGUAACGAGAACGUCAACAAAUACUUUUUCUCGGUGUAUUUUGCAUAAAACGAAACGUUAACAACCUUUCCAAUUUUUGACCAAAACCAUGGACUAACCCCUUUGGGAAAAUGCCAAUUUUGAGGGUGUCUGAAACCGAUGUUUUCAUUGUUUAGAAUUGCUUGUUUUCUAUAUAAAACGGCCAAAAUCGUUUUUUGACGAUUUAUUUUCACGAUCUAUUACAUGGGAAUAGAGGGAUUACAAGGGGUGACAAGGGGUUACAGGGGGUUACAAAGGUUUAUAGAAACUUUUUUCUAACUAGAACGUUCCCAGAUACUUUUUCUUGGUCUACUUUUCAUAAAAAUUAAAACUGAAGAAAUCUCAAAUUUUUGAUCUUAACGAUGAACUAUCCCCUUUGGAAAAAUUCUGAUUUUUGGUUUUUCGUACACAGUUGUUCUUAUAGUCUUUGAAGGCUUCUUUUUUAUCUAAAACUUCAGCAAACACUUUUUCUUGCUCUGUUUUUAAUAAACACAAAAGAUGAAGAAACUUCAACUUUUUGACCAAAAUCAUGGACUACCCUCUUUGGAAUAAUGCUAAUUUUGCGCUCUUUUUAAAUCCAUUUUUAUAUAGUCUAGAAAGGCUUGUUCGCUAACAAGACCGUCACCAAAUACUCUUUUUCGGUGUAUUUUGCAUGAAAUGAAACGUUAAAAAAAUUUCACAUUUUUGACCAAGACUAUGGAAAACCAUCCCUUUGGCAAAAUGCCAAUUUUGUGGGUUUCUGAAACCGAUGUUUUCAUUGUCCUGAAAGGCUUGUUUUAAUUUGCUAUAUAAAACGUCGAAAGUCGUUUUUUGACGAUUUAUUUUCACCAUCUAUUACAUGGGAAUACAGGGGGUUACAGGGGGUUAUAGGGGGUUACAGAGAGUUACGGGGGGUUACAAGGGGUUUCAAAAGUUACAGCGGGUUAGGAGGAAUUACAGGGGGUUACAGGAAGUUACAAGGUGUUACAAGAGGUUACAGGGGGUUAGAAGGAAUCACAGGGGGUCACAGGAAGUUCCAAGGUGUUACAAGAGGUUACAGGGGGUUACAAGGGUUACAGAGAGUUACAAGGGGUUACAGAGAGUUACAGGGGGUUACAAGGGGUUGCAAGAGGUUACAGGGGGUUACAAAGUGUUACAAGAGGUUACAGAGGGUUUCAAGAGGUUAUAGGGGGUGAGAGGGAAUUACAGGGGGUUGCAGAGGGUUACAGGAAGUUACAAGGUGUUACAAGAGGUUACAGGGGGUUAGAAGGAAUUACAGGGGGUUACAGAGGGUUAUAGGAAGUUACAAGGUGUUACAGGAGGUUACAGGGGGUUAGAAGGUCUUGAGAUAGUUUCCGCCAGACUUGUGAGACAAUGGUUGAUCUAAUUUCCGACUCUCUAGCACUCAUUUUCAAUCGAUCGAUUGAAACAAGUAUUUUUCCCGAUGAAUGGAAGAGCGCUAGGAUCACUCCUCUCUACAAGAAAUUUGGGAAUAGAAGCGAUCCCUCAAAUUACCGGCCGAUUUCGAUCAUUCCUGUGGUGGCUAAUGUUUUCGAGCGGAUUGUUUAUGAUCAGCUAUAUCGUUAUCUAACCGAAAACAAACUUCUCUGUUGUUACUAAUCUGGUUUUCGCACACUCCACUCCGCAGUUACUGUAUUGAUUGAUCGAAGCCACAACUGGUCUUUGAACGUCGACCGCGGCUUUGUCAAUGCAGUUGUCUUCUUAGACCUUAAAAAGGCUUUCGACAUGCCAAACCAUGCUAUUCUUCUUUUAAAACUUCAACAUAUGGUAUCCGUGAUUCUGCUAAUCAAUGGAUCUGUUCUUAUUUGAGAAAUCGUAUGCAAACGUGUCUCGUUAAUUGCAACAAGUCAUCUGAAACGUACCUACCCUGUGGUGUCCCACAGAGAACGAUUUUGGGGCCUCUUUUGUUUUUACUAUAUAUAAAUGACCUUCCGAAUUGCCUCAUGUAUUCACAACCUAAAAUGUAUGCUGACGACACUAGUAUCACCUAUGCGAGCAAUGAUGUUGAAGAAAUAGAGCGUUGCGUUAACAUAGAUUUAGAUAGAAUUCGUAUAUGGCUUGCAGCGAACAAACUUACAAUAAACACGACUAAGACAGAAUUUUUAUUAAUUGGGUCUAGGCAAAGACUGUCAACGCUAGAAAGGAAUCCCAUAAUUGAAAUUAACAAGUUUCCGAUUAAACACGUUUCGACUUCAAAAUCCCUAGGUGUUCACAUCGAUGGAAACCUUUCUUGGGAGUGUCAUAUUAACGAAAUCUCUAAGAAGACUGCUUCUUGCAUAAGUGCGAUUAAGCGUAUUGGGUAUUUUCUCCCUUCUGAGAUUCUACGUAACGUAUACAAUUCACUGGUACAGCCACACUUUGAUUACUGCCAUGUAGUAGGGGGAAACUGUUCUAGGAACCUAUCUUUUAAAUUGCAGAAAUUGCAGAAUCGCGCCGCUCGCGUUCUGACUCUCUCUAAUUAUGACUGCACUACUAGUGAAUUAUUUCAAAAUUUAAAGUGGUCGAAACUUGUUUAUCAGCACGCAGUUAGUAAAGCGAUAAUGAUCCAUAGCAUGGUAAAUAACACAGCUCCGGAAUAUCUGACUUCGCGUUUUGUUCGUCGCUGCGAUUUAACUAGUUAUAGCCGUAGAGAGAAUAAAUAUAAGCUCACUGUUCCACAACCCCGUACUGAAUUUUAUGAAAGAAGUCUUUCUUACAGCGGAAGUUAUGGAACAGCUUGCCUCUGGAGGUGCGACAAUUGACAUCCCCUAUUAUAUUUAAGGGAAAAUUGAGAGAUAUAUAUUUCGAUUGACAAAUAAUUUAAUUAGCGAUAUUCUGUUUUUACACACGGCCUCCUUGAAAAGCAGGUGUUUUCUUUUCGUCUUUAUUAUUUUAGUUUUUAUCUUCGAUUUUAAAUUAGUGAGGAAGUUAGUUUUCCUACACUUGAAUGUAAAUGUACCUGAAGGAAAUACCGUGCAUAAAUAAAGUUACCAUACCAUACCAUACAGAGGGUUACAAGGGGUUACAAGAUGUUACAAGGGGUUACAAGGGGUCACAGGGGGUUACAAGGGGUUACAGGGGUUGACAGGGGGUUACAAGAGGUUACAGGGGGUUACAGG